GGACGUGUUGUGUGGCCGUGCGGAGUCCUUGCGCAUCCUGUCGGUGGAAAAGCUGUUUCAGCUAAAUUGAAGUGUGUAUCGAAAUGAGCAGUGCGACUUAACGUUGUGUAUCCCAAUAACAUUCAUAAGGAUGCGUAAAACUCUUGCUUGUGCCUAAAUGUGUGCAUGUGGCGUACAUGCAAAAUUAAAGUGUUUGUCCUGAAUUAACCCGGUGGAGUGUGUGGUAAAAGAUAAAUCAACAAAGAAAACAAACCAGUGACGCUUGGUUUGUGACUAACGCUUUCUUCCAUUGCAUCGAGCAACUGGACGAAAAAAAUUGCGUUUUUCGUUGCAAUCAGCCGUCUCGUCCUCAUCGCUGUUGACGAACGGCGGUCUUUGGCCGAACGUGCCAAGUGAUAUUUAGCAUCGAAGUGAAAAGCAAAUUCCCGCACCAACAUGAUUUCGAACUACACGGAACUCUUUCUCAUCUGUGCCAUCAUCCUGAUGCCAAUUUUCUACGAAACUUCGAGCCGCUUUCGGUACUACUUCAAAUUUGUCGUCUACUAUGGUGUGGUAAUACUGAACUCCUUCAUACUGAUUCCCGUCUUCUGCCUGAGGCCGUGUAAUGUACGGAACCUGGUGCUAGCUAGCAAAUUCUGCCGAGUCGUGUCACCGAUCAUCAGCAUGAAAUGGGAAGUCCGUGGUGCGGAACAUAUGGGCGCCGACAGGGCGAUGGUGAUGGUGGCGAACCAUCAAAGUUCAUUGGACAUAUUGGGAAUGUUUGAUUUCUGGCACCUGAUGGACAAAUGUACGGUGAUCGCAAAGCGGGAGCUUUUCUUCGCCUGGCCGUUCGGGCUGGCCGCCUGGCUGUCCGGGCUGAUCUUCAUCGAUCGCCGGCACACCCAGCGCGCCCAAACUUCCAUGAACGAGUCGACCGAUAUGCUCAUCCAGAAGCGCACCAAACUGUGGGUCUUUCCGGAAGGGACGCGUCGCACCACGAACGAAAUACAUCCCUUCAAGAAGGGUGCCUUCCACGUGGCGGUCCGGGCGCAGUUACCGAUCCUGCCGGUCGUUUAUAGCUCGUACCACACGUUCCUGGACGAUCGGAGCAAAGUGAUGAACCCGGGGCACGUGAUCGUGACUGCGCUACCGGCGAUCGAAACGAAAGGACUCACGAGCGAUGACAUACCGGAGCUGAUCGAACGAACGCGCAACGCCAUGAUCGACACGUUCAAAGCUACUACAAAGGAGGUUGAGAAUCGAUUCAACUUGAGCGGUCACGCAAGUCCACCGCGGCUUACGGACACCGUGCCAUCGAUGGUAACUCAAAAGAAGUCCAACAGAGGGUCGGAAACCACCGUCCCCCGGCAGGAAUCGGCAAAUCUCAUCGAACCGGGUGCGCGAAAGAUCGGUUCACUGCUCGGUGGAGACGAGUCGCCCAUCAAGGAACCGACCGCGUACCGACGGAAGGAUGUCCAACGAGACUAGUGAGCGCUCCCGUGGACGCUCGCUUCUUCGUGCCAUUAAAAUAAGCCUGGCUAAUUGGCAUGGCCGGAUUUUAAAAAGGAAGUGAUUUAGCGCAUGUGUCAAUUUCCGUUAUUUUAUAUUUUAAUUAUGAUUUCUAUUCAAGGAGUGACGCCAGCCGUCGCGCUUUUUACGGGGUGAAAUGAGAUUGAACAAAAAAACAAAAGAUAGCUAAACACAAAGCAUUUUCCAAAGGGUUUCAUUUUUAAUUUGUUUUCUAUUGAAAAUUCGUUUAGGCUUUAAUGUGAAAGGAGUUCGCACACUACACACGCGCGCGUGUGUUAAAGAUGUGCUCAUUUGUAACAUACUUUAUUGAGUUUAUCAUUUUGAAAGCGAUCAAAACGGAACGGCAGCCAAAGGUGCUAUGUUAGAUGUCGAUAGGAUAGUACGUUCACGGAAAGUGGUUAAUACCUACAAUUGAUCUCGGUGGAAGAAUGAUCGUCGCCGUUGGCCUAAGAAAAUGGCGAAAGGCAGCACGUUUCGCAGUAAGACUCACUAGAGCACGUGUUGAAAAACGUACCCUCUCUUUUCCGUAUCCAUUCCGGUUAGGUAUUUCGAUCUGUGAGAUGAAAAAAAUGGUUGAACGAGCAAAACUGAAAAGAAGGAAACCAGCAAUCUAACACAACAAUGUUUAUAUAAAUGUUCCAUCAGUGCUGUACACAACGACGCUUCACAUUACGUCACGUCAGUAUAAUGUACUUGUAACCCGUACGCUUAUGAAUUAAUAUGAGCAGGUUUUCCUAAACUCUAUUGUUUUUCUCUUCUUACAAUCACUCCACAGUCCCGUCCACACACUACUGCUAGGGAUAAAAAAAAAACACAUGUAUAAAAGAAGUUAACGGUGAACAGUA